AUGUUGGAAUCACAAUUAAAUGAAUUAAAUGAAGAAGAAUUAGAAUGUUUUAAUCUCACACAAUAUGGAAGAUGUAAACAUUAUGGGCGAGCGAAAACUGACCACAGAUGGUGCUUGACAUGUAACGCCAAUCACUUCCAGAAGAUUCAGUGGAGGAGUGGUAAUUAUAUAAUCGAUGAAUUUAUUAAGAACAUUCAGAAUACCGCUGUCAAUCGUCAUAAAGUUCUGGAAUGGGUUCCAUUCGAAAAUUUCUCGGAUAUUGGUUAUAUUACGGAAGGCGAUUACGGAAAGGUUUAUAAAGCAAAAUGGAAGAAUGGAUUCAUUUUUUACUUGGAUGAUGAGACUCAAAAAUGGCGGAGAAGUGGUGACACUUAUGUUGUUCUUAAAAGUUUAUAUAAUUCGAAGAAUAUAACUAGGCGGUUUUUGGACGAAAUUAAUAUUCAAACGCGAUUACAUAAUGAGCUUGGCAAUAUAGUAAAAUGUUUUGGAAUAACAAGAGAUCCUGAAACCCAAGAUUUCAUGAUGGUAAUGGAUUUUAAGAAAGAUGCGGCUAAAGGUCUCAGAGAUAUCCAUGAAGCAAAUUUAGUUCAUAAAAAUUUGCACACCGGGAAUAUUGUUCUUUCAUGUUUCUCAAAAGGCUUCAAUGAAAUACAAGACCAGAUUGAGAAAAUCGAAAAAUCGCAAAACUUUAAAAAUUAUUUGAAUAUCAUACCAUACAACAGAAGUAUUCCGUUGGAUUCUCAUAUAUCCUAUACGUCUUGUGAUUUAGAUAUUUCAGACAUAAAAACCGCAGGAGUUGAAAAAUGUUUGAAUAAUAUGACAUGUAACAGCAUAUCCUAUACGUCUAGUAUAGAUAUUUGCGGCAUUGUAAAAUCUGUAGGAGUACCUCAUGUUAAUUUUUUUGUGUUAUGUGGUCGCGGAGAAACAUACAGAAAGUUGGGUAAAUAUAAAGAGUCGCUUUUGGAUUUCAAUCGAUUAUUAAAAAGAGAACCGGAUAAUUCUCCUGCAUUAUGUAAACGCGGAUUAGCUUACACAAUGUUGGGUAAAUUUAAUGAAUCACUUUCGGAUAUCAAUAGAUCAUUAGAAAUAGAUCCAGAUUAUUCGUUUGCAUUAUAUAUACGCGGAAUAACCUACAGAAUGUUGGAUAAAGAUAAUGAAUCGCUUUUGGAUUUUAACCGAUCAUUGGAAAUAGAACCAGAUAAUUUUCUUACAUUAUGUGAGCGCGGAAAAACCUAUAGAAAAUUGGGAAAAUAUGAUGAAUCCCUAUUUGAUCUUGAUAGAUCAUUAGAAAUAGAACCCGAUAAUUCUUUUGUAUUACGUGUACGCGGAGAAACAUAUGGCAUACUAGGAAAAUAUAACGAAUCACUUUCAGAUUUUAAUAAUUCAUUAGAAAUAGAGCCAGGUAAUUCUUUUGCAUUAUGUGGACGUGGAGAAACCUAUAGAAAUCUGGGUAAAUACAACGAAUCACUUACAGAUCUCAAUAGUUCAUUAGAAAUAAAACCAGAUGAUUCAGAAGCAUUAAGUAUACGCGGAACAACCUACAGAAUGUUAUAUAAUUAUGAUGAAUCACUUUUGGAUUUAAAUAGAUCAUUAGAAAUAGAGCCUUAUUGUUCUUUUGCAUUAUGUGGACGCGGGGAUGUCUACAGAUUGUUGGGUAAAUAUAAUGAAUCACUUUUGGAUCUCAAUAGAUCGUUAAAAUUAGAACCAUAUAAUCCCCUUACAUUAAGUAUACGCGGAGAAACCUAUAGAAUGUUGGGUAAAAAUAAUGAUUCACUUUAUGAUCUUAAUUUAUCUUUGGAAAUACAACCAGAUAAUUCUUUUGCAUUACGUGUACGUGGAGAAACCUACAGAAAGUUGGGUAAAUAUAAAGAGUCGCUUUUGGAUUUCAAUCGAUUAUUAGAAAUAGAGCCGGAUAAUUCGUAUGCAUUAAGUGGACGCGGGGAGUCUGAUUAUGAGGAGUCUGAUAUUGCUGUUUCUGAAAUCCAGAACCACAUGGAUAAGAGUGAAGUCAAGUUAAAUUCUAACAAUAGAAAAAUCGUGGAUGAUAAUGAGGCGAAAACUCGUUUUUCUGAAGAUGAAUUGCAUGAAAAAAAAAGUGCAUCCGGACCUGUUGUAACUCCUACUGCAGAUGAAGUUGUCGAUUAUCUCAAACAUAUAAAAAAAAGGUCGAGUUUGAGAGAAGUGAGAGAUUUCAUUAAUCAAUGCAAUAAAAACCAGGAAAUUCCUACAUCGGUUAAAAAAUCACGAUAUUGA